CAAAUUCUCGUCCCGAAAUUCUAUCUACCGAGUACUCAUCAUGGGUUUUGUGGAGACGUUUCAGUUGAACGGAGUUCAUAUCGAAACAACUGUAACAAGUACGCAGCAAGAUAUUGACGACAUUCUAUGGUCUUUCUUACGCCCCGAAAAUCAUAACGGAUCAAAGGUUAUCGGAUUUGAUGUCGAGCUGUCAAUGUAUGAAAAUAAGGUAUCAGAAAAUGAAACCCGUGAUGGUUCGGAAUGUGCAACUCUCCAUCUAUGUAACGGGCAAUCGUGCCUUAUUAUUCAGCUCCCGUAUUUAGAUUCAAUUCCCACUUCGUUGCUUAAUUUUCUUCGGCUUCCAGAUUUUACUUUUGUGGGUGUUGGUAUCAAUCAUAAUUUGGUUAAGCUUGAAAAGGAGUAUGGAAUUACAUGCAGAAAUGCUGUGGAGCUUGGACCUUUGGCUGCUACUCUCAUGAAAAUGCCGCGGUUGAGUUUUUGUGGCGUGGAUGAACUUGCUUUUGUAGUUAAUGACUUUAAUCUUAGGAAUUAUAGGCCUUUAACAACGCUGUAUAAGGAUUGGGGUCAAAGUAAUUUUGGGAAAAAGCUGGCUAAACUUGCUACUAUUAAUGUUUACUCUUAUUAUAUGAUUGGGAACACAUUGCUUGAUUAGUACUAAUAGUUAAUCAAGUUUUCCCUUACCU